ACAGUUGACCACAGAUAUAUCAUUUGAAACCCUCCCUUCGCCCUGUCGAUACAGCAGCAAUUAGGUUGGACCUCGCAUGCUGAUCCGAUUUUGCCUACAUUACACAACGGGGCCACCUACCUGAGCACCAGUAGACGCCAGUCCUGCAGCCUGUGCUUCUUUAGCUCCAGCUAACCCCCGUAGACUCCGUCCAUCACCCUAACAAGGACCUAAGCUCCGAGAAGUUUCUACCACCUGCAGCCAUCGCUCACCGUCUACGCACGCAUCGGCCGCAAUCGAUCCUGGACCGCCGACGAGGCUUUCGUCAUCUUGUCAAAAAUUUCUAAAGUUGAAUUGCAGUAUCGAGUCAUCCAGUGGCCCGUCCUUUGUCCCAACUCGCGAAUUUCACCGACCCAACGACUACGCGCCAGCCGAAUACAUUGUACGGCAUUAUGGGAAGCUUCGUUUUCAAGUGGGAGCAUUCUGCCUCCGAAGUUUACGUCACCGGCACCUUUGACGAAUGGAAAAAGACGGAGAGAUUAGAAAAGAUUGGAGAGCACUUCGAGAAGUUGGUCAUGCUGCCCGAUGCCUCCCAGAAGAUCUAUUACAAGUUUGUUGUUGACGGCAACUGGGUAACCGACCACACUGCCCCCAAGGAAGCCGACGAGAGCGGAAACGAAAACAACGUCCUCACCCCCGAAAAUAUCCAGAAAGCACCCGUAACCAUGAACUCUGCUGCGCCAGAGUCGUCCACCGCCGCCUUGGCUGCUGGGGUGCCACUUGAGAAGAAAGAGGAGAAUCACGACGAUCUCCCGGGAGCCUUCCCUGAGACACCCGCUGCCCUUGAGCCUAAGGAUCAGGAAUUCAGCGUCAACCCACUGCCUGCCGCUCCGGGAGCCGUUAACCCUGUGCAGCUUGCACCCGGCGAGAAGAUCCCCGAAGGCCUUGCUGUUGGUGACACCACGAGCCAUGUGAAGUUGGAUGCCGAGUCUUACGAGAAGGCUGAUGAACUGCCCGGCGGUGCCGCUUUGACUUUUUCGUCUGCCGCCCCAGAGUCUAGCACUGCUGCUCUGGCUGCCGGUGCGCCAAUUGAGACCAAGGUUCCCGCGGUUGUGAAAGAGAGCCAAGAGAAGGCGCACGUCGACGCCGAGGCUAGUGGCGUUCCCGAGGAAGUCAAGGAGAAGGCCGCCGUGGAGGAAGAGUUGCUGGAGAAGGUGACGCCAGCGCCCACGACUGCUGAGGGCACUUCUGGUGUGGGCACCGAAAAGACGGAGACCACCGUAACACCUGGAGAGGCAGCUGGUUCUGUUGUCGCUGCGGCAGCCGCCCUGGGUAGCGCCGCUGUCGCCGGGGCCAUUGGCGCAAAGGACAUAGCUGUCGAGAAGGCUGACCAGGCCAUAACGACAGCGCAGGUCUCUGCUACUGAAGCCGCGACGAACCUGCCCGACUCCGUCAAGGAGAAGCUUCCCGCGUCGGUUCAGAGUGCCAUUGGCACCACGGCCAAAGAGGAGAAGAUCGAGACCGUCUCACCUGAGGUCCCCGUAGAAGUGAAGGACUCAAUCGCCGAAGCCGGAAAGGCCCCCGAGGCAGCGUCCAACACCGAGGCUGUUGAGGAGAAGAAGGCUGUGGAGACCGAGUUGUUGAAGGAGGUGAAGCCGGUUGCUUCGGUCGGCGAAGAGGCUAAGGUCGGUGGUGCUUCGUCUAAGUCCGAGACUGAGCCCAAGCCUACAACUGAGGCAGCUCCGGAGGAGUCCAAGCCCACAACUGCCGUUAUCCCGACAGAGCCCGUACCCGCAACUGACGCUAUCCCCGCCAUCGUGACGGAGCCUGCGGCCGAGGCCGCGCCCGAGCCCAACGGAGCCCAGGCAGCCGUUACACCGGAGAAGUCAGCGGCAGGACCCAGCACAGCAGACCCGAGCCCGGCCACGGAGAAAAAGAAGAAGAACAGACUCAGCGCUCUGUUCAGCAAGUUCAGGGGCAAGAAGGCCGCCAAAUAAACCCGCACACCGGCUCAAGCGUCUCUG